UUUUUUUUUACCAUAAUGCUCAACAAAUUGGAUUCAACUGUAUUUUUAAGUUUAAAGAAUUCCAAAAAUAAAUUAGGUUUCUUCAAAAGGGGUUUCGCAGCCUCGCGGAAAUUGCAAAUUACACAAGAAAAUGAAAAAAGUCCAAAACCCUUAAAAGGAAUACGUGUUCUCGAAUUAGGACAGCUGAUAGCUGGACCGUUCUGUGGUACAAUUCUCGGGUAUUAUGGCGCAGAAGUAAUUAAAGUUGAAUCGCCAAAGUUGGGAGAUCCAUUACGUAUAUGGAGACAUUUAGAUGCCGAUGGAGUUAGUCCAUGGUUUCGUUCAAUGUCGAGAAAUAAAAAAUCCUGUGAAAUUAAUUUAAGAACAGCCGAAGGCAAAAAGCUUGUUGGUCAACUAGCUAACAAGUCAGAUGUGUUGAUUGAAAAUUUUCGACCUGGAACUAUGGAAAAAUGGGGACUCGGGCCCGACGAACUUUACAAAACGAAUCCUUCAUUGAUAUAUACACGCGUUUCUGGGUAUGGACAAACGGGUCCGUACGCUGCAAAGCCUGGUUACGCGUCAGUAUGCGAGGCUAUGGCAGGAUUUCGUUAUAUAAAUGGAUUUCCUAAUCAGGCACCAGUCCGUCCAAAUAUAUCUUUAGGUGAUUCGGUUGCUGGAUUAACAGCGGCACUUGGUGUAGUUAUGAGCCUUUUGGCUAGAAAUAAAUUAUCUUCAAGUGAUAAUUUAAUAACGGGGCAAGUCGUCGAUGUAGCUAUUUAUGAAAGUAUAUUCAAUAUGAUGGAGGGAAUUUUGCCAGAAUAUGAUCGAUUUGGUGAGAUAAGACAACCAUCAGGUACAACAGUUACGGGUAUUGUACCAACUAAUGCAUAUCUAUGUUUAGAUGGAAAAUAUGUUAUAAUUGGAGGUAAUGGAGAUUCAAUAUAUAAAAGACUUAUGCAAGCAGCGGGAAGAGAUGAUCUUACAACAAAAAAAUUUGCGACGAAUAAAGAUAGAGUAAAAUAUCAGGAAUUAAUUGAUGGAGCGAUUAGUGAAUGGAUCAAAACUCUUACUUCAAAACAAGUUAUAGAAAAAUUAGAAAAAGCUGAUGUACCAUGCGGUAGUAUUUAUAAUAUUGAAGAUUUUGCUAAUGAUAAUCAUGUUAAAGAACGUAAAUUAAUUGAAACUAUCCGUGUUGGAAAAAAUAGAAGUAAUGGCUAUGACUUAAAGGUUCCUGCUUUUGCGCCAAAACUUGAAUCCACACCAGGUGGAACUUUGUGGGCUGGGCCCGAUUUGGGUGAACAUAAUCGUGAAGUAUUUAUUAAUCUCCUAGAGUUAAAAGAACAUGAUAUUAAGAAACUACAGGAUGAUGGAAUUAUAGGAAAAACUCUAUAAAUUUAUUUCCAAGUUAAUUAUAUAUUUGAGUACUGUUUUUAAGAUAGAAUUCAUUGGUUUUAAAAAGUUUAUAAUUUAUAUAUACAUAAUUGUGCUUCAUGUACAAAAAAAUUGAUUUAAUAGCAAAGCA